GGCAGAGAAGCUGUUCUCCACUGCUCGGGCUCCUCUCUGAGUGGAAAAAAAGUGUGAGUAUCUGAGCACAUCAAUCCACCGGCAGUGCAUUUUUUUUUCAGCCUCAAGGACCUGAAGCUUGGAUAGCAAGAUGCCUCUGUCCUUUCUUCCGCUGUUCCUGUGUUGGGGAGUUUUUGUCGAUGUAUCUGAUGCAAGCAGUGACUGGUGCUAUACUGGCUGUGCGCACACUCCCAGCCACUGGAGCAGCAUUUCUGGCUCUUCCUGCGGGGGGGACAGGCAGUCUCCCAUUGACAUCGUCACUAGCCGUGCUGUGACUGACAGCAGCCUCCAUAACUUCACCCUGGUCAACUUCUCCUCCUCGCACGUCUUCAAGUCUCUCACAAACACGGGACAUACAGUGAAGUGCAUAUUGGAGGAAAAUGAGGUUGAAGUGACAGGAGGUGGACUCAAUGCCACAUACUCGACUAUUCAGUUUCACUUCCACUGGGGGGACGCAGAUCAUCACCCAGGCUCAGAGCACACCGUCGAUGGGCACAGAUAUCCCAUGGAGAUGCACAUUGUCAGUCUGAAGAAGGGCCUCUCGGUGGAGCAGGCCACGGUAGAUCCAGAGGGAAUUGCCGUUCUGGGGUUUUUCAUAAAUGCAACAGACGAUGGAGAAACCUCACAAACAUGGGAUGACUUCACCUCUUAUCUGAUGAACAUCACAACUAAAGGCUCUGUGGUUGAUGUAUCCCACAACAUCUCUAUUGCCGACCUGAUUGGAGACGUAGACCUCACCAAGUUCUAUCGGUACAUGGGCUCCUUGACCACACCCAACUGCAACGAAGCGGUGGUUUGGACGGUCUUCCAGGAACCGAUCAAAGUUCCCAAAAACCUGAUGGAGAGGUUUCCGGAGCAGACUGAGCUCUUCCACGUCUAUCGACCCACACAGCAUCUCAACGGGCGCCAUGUGUUUGCUUCCCCUGCGAUUCCACCCGCUCCCAGUCACGCGUGGUGCUAUGAUGACCACUGUGAUUACAGUCCUGAACACUGGCACCUUCUACCUGAGUCCCACUGUGACGGCGAGCGCCAGUCACCCAUCAACAUAAAGAAGGACGACGCUAUGGAGGACAAGCUACUUGAUGAUUUCACCUACACAAAGUUUGAUGACAAGCACACCAUGAAGUACAUCAUAAACACAGGCCACACAGUGAAGUGUGUACUGAAGGACGGUAUGGUGGAGGUCUCAGGUGGUGGUUUGGGUUACGUCUACUCCACCCUGCAGUUCCACUUCCACUGGGGCAGCGGAUCAGAUGACUCUGUGGGCUCAGAGCACACCGUGGACUCCAAGAGGUACCCGAUGGAGAUGCACAUAGUGAACAUGAGGAAAGAUUUAACUUUGGAGCAGGCAAAAGAGGCUCCUAACGGCCUCGCAGUGCUGGGAUUCUUCAUUGAGCCUGCUGAUGGACACAAGUCAGGAGGUGGAGGUUCAGAACAUCAUGAGGAAAGUUCCACAUCUCACACGGAUCCCUGGAAAACGUUUACCUCCUACUUGUCGGCUAUUAAAAACAUCAGCAGCCAGGUUGAGGUCACUGAAGAUAUCUCCAUCGAUGACUUGAUUGGAGAUGUGGACCGGUCAAUGUACUACCGCUACAAUGGCUCCCUAACCACCCCGUCGUGUAAUGAAGCAGUGGUUUGGACGGUCUUUAAAGAGCCCAUCAAGGUGGACAAGGACCUGAUGAAGAUGUUCCCACAUCGUGCAGGCUACCACAAUGUGUAUCGACCCACACAGUCCCUUCACAGCAGGAAAGUCUACACGACUGCAGCAUCCAGCGCCCCUGGACCCAUGAUGCUGAUCUUACUGCUGGCCUGUUUCUGCGUCUUUGCAAUCUAGUCGGCUAGAUCUGUGACAUGGCUGGCUAAUAAAGGAAUAGCUUGCACUGA